CUUCGAUCAAAACAAAGCCGUUAUAGAAAAAUACAUAUGUAGAACGUCGUAAACGUAAAAUUGAAACGAACAAUGUUUUUCGCAAAUAGGCGCUGCAAUUGACACAAAUAUGCAUAUGGAUAAAGGGCGUGACGUAAAUGGGCACAUAAAUCACGACGCACGUGGAUACCAAGCUUUUUGCAAUGCAAAUUAAUAUGCGUACAAAUCAGUCACCUACAUGUUUUUUAUCAGUAAAAACAAAAACAAAGACAAAUCGCCGCCUCCAAGUCGGCAAAAUGUUUUGAAGGUCUAGUUGGCAUUAUAAAAUCGCAGCCCAUCGAAAAAACCGACGAUAAUGUUCUGAUUGAUUUGACGGAAAUGGGCGAUGCUGUCUUUGGUAUACCGGAUGCGGAAACAACUGGCGUACUAAUCGAUGCCCAAGACGCGGAGUCUGCGCAGAAUCCCGAAGAGCUAGGCACGUACCUAGAAGGCGACAUUCUCAUCCCACUAAAUAAUGAGCAGGCGGACAUCGAAGGCAAUCGCAAUGGUUUGCUGGCACUAAGCACACACUGGCCUGGCGGCGUGGUGCCCUAUGAGAUCAAGGGUCAGUUCACAUCACAGGAACUGGAGAACAUCAAGCACGCCUUCAAUGAAUAUCACAGCAAGACGUGCAUUCGUUUUACGCCGCGUACCAAAGAAAAAGAUUACAUAUCCAUAGUGAGCGGCAAAACUGGUUGUUGGAGCAGCAUUGGACGUCUGGGUGGACGCCAAGAGGUCAAUCUACAGUCGCCCAAUUGUCUGCGUACCUAUGGCACGCCCAUCCAUGAGCUGAUGCACGCAUUGGGCUUUCUCCACGAACAGAAUCGUUAUGAACGUGAUGGCUAUGUAAAGGUGCUGAGCGAAAACAUAAAGCCCACGAUGAUGGCCAACUUUGACAAGGGAAGCGCAAAACAACAUUCGGGCUAUGGCGUAGACUAUGACUAUGGAAGUGUGAUGCAUUAUUCACCCACCAGUUUCAGCAAGAACGGGCAGCCCACUUUGAAGGCGUUGCGUAGCAGCAAGGAUGCAGCACAGAUGGGACAACGUCGCGGCUUCUCGGAGGGCGAUGUGCGCAAAAUUAAUGCCAUGUACAAGUGCAAGCUUUGA